GUAACGUAGACGUAGUCGAUAAAUGUGCUUUCAGAAGUUACUUGCAGCUUUGACCGUAAGAGCUCAGUCUGCCCCUCUUCCUUGUUUUCUCCUUCUAUUUGGACUGAUCCAGAUUUUGGCCUGCCACUCUCAGGGGCAGGAAUCGAUCCAGACCACAGCCAAGAGGGCAACAUGCAGAAAUUUAUCUUCUUUUUUGCUGUAGGAGCCUGGGCUGUUACUCAAGGAACUGCAGAGGAAGAUUAUGUGGAAAUUUGGCCCCCAAAUCCUUUGGUGGAAUUUGGAGGCUCUCUUGACCUGAAUUGCACCAGUACCUGUGAACAUAUUGGCAUUGAGUCUGCCUAUACAAAGGUUCCCAUUGGAAAUGGUUCCAAUUGGAAAUCCUUUCGUCUCAGCAAUGUGAACUUCUGGGCAGCCAGCCCUUUGUGCUAUGCUGAAUGUAAGACUGGACAGAAGAAAUCUCCAAAGGCAAACAUCAUUAUUUAUAAAUCUCCAGCAAGUAUUAAACUGUUUCCAGUACCAGAUAUGGAAGUGAACGAGACGUAUGAAUUGACAUGCUGGGUUUUGGGUGUAGCCCCCAUCCGGGACCUCACUGUGACCUUUCUGAAAGGAGAAGAGCAACUUCUGAUAGAAACCUUUGAGGAUCACCCUUGGCCUGAAGCUGAUGCUGUUGAGGUCAACCAUAUCAUAAAAGCUCAGAAAGAUGACUACAACAAGACAAUCACCUGCCAAACAUCCCUGGAUCUGAGACCAAGAGGACCACUCCUGAAAAACACCUCCCAGGGCAUAUCAUUAUGGACUUUUGAUUUUCAAAAGUAUCCGCUGCUCCACGCUGGCCUGUUCUUAGAAGCUGGGACCUCGAUGAAAGUGACGUGUGAUACACCUGAGGUUUCCCCAGCCGAAGAAGCCAUCUUUGGUCUGUGGUUUGCAGGGAAACCUCUGACCUUCAACACCACUGUGAUGGGGGACUUGGCAAGUGCCCAGGCUGUGAUAGCCUCUUCCUCAGUUGGAGAGCACCAGUUGCUCUGCUCGGUGUCUCUGGGGCCAGUGGCCAAAAAUGUGACAAAGAUGGUGAAUGUGUUUGAUCGUCCCCAAAUAGAUGAUUCCAAAUGUCCCCAUGCCCUGACUUGGAAGGAGGGAAGUACAACAUCAUUUACUUGUUCAGCCAUGGGAAACCCCACACCAACUGUUCAGUGCUGGAAAGAUGGGCGACCUUAUAACAUUGGGGAACCACAGCUAGUCCAGAGAGAGCAUGGUGGCAUUUAUCACUGUAAUGCUACCAACCAGUAUGGAUUUGAUGUUAGACAUGUGACCGUACACGUUGAAUCUCCUCAAUCCAUUGGCCAUAUCAUUGGCUAUAUAGUUGCUGUGGUGGUGUUUAUUGCUCUUGUGGCUGGUAUAGCUUAUUGGAUAAGCUAUAAACAAAAGAUUGGGGUAUACCGACUGCGGCCGCAAAAGAAGCAGCAACAGCCACCACAAACUGCCCAAAACUCAGCGGAGCAAAGAUUCCUGAACGGCAAAGCAAAUGUCUAAACAGACCGGUGUUUACUACAAACUGAAGAACCACUUGUCCCAAUGCCAGCAGGAGUGUAGCUGUGUUCAGUGUUCAUCACUCUACUUAGCUGCAAAAAGAAGAUGUUAAUUACAUGCCGUCAAGUCGUUAUUCAUUUAUAUUUUCUUGGGCUGAGUUAUCUAGGCAUUUCUGAGUAAGAGCAUUUGUAAAAGCCUCAGUGAAAGCAUGCAACCGCAAAGGUGCAUUGCACCAUUGCUUCUUGAUUUUGUUGAGGAGAUCCUACUCUAAGUCCUACUUCAUGGUCAUCUGGGAGAAGAAAGUGUCUUGAGGAAGAAGAUUUUAUUUUUCUAUAGUGUAUUCUUAAGCACUUGGUAUAACUUGACAGCCUUCUUUGGGGAUGCUUUCAUUGGCACUGCCCAGGGGUAGAACAAUAGUUCUGAAGUGCUUGCCUGCAUGCUGCAGAUGGGACUUAGAAGUAAACCAAAAGUAUCUGUAACGCAACUCAUGCUCAUUGCUAACUUUCAUGAGUUAACAACUUAGUUCAUUGCUAAGUUUCGUUGAAACUUCAAGCCCUCAAAAUGACUAUGAAUGACAAAUAUGACCACAGAAUAUAUGUCAACAUAUGAAUGUUUUACAUAUAGGUAUAUAAUACUUAUUUCAGGAGGGAGGAGAGGAAGCCUUUGUGUUUCUCUUAUGCUGGGACCCAGUCCUAGAAAGAACGAAUAAUGGACCUUAAGAUACAGAGGGCUGAGAACCGCUGAUGUUAGAAUUCUUUUGUGAGAAAAAGCAAAUGCAAUCACUUGUGUUGAAGGACUCUCCUCGGCAGAAAGAAAUGCAUUUGUGGCAGACAAGAUAUGUGCACGAAAGAAUAAGUUAAUGAAAGUGAGAUGCCUUGAAGGACCAGGCAGGAACAGACUGAUCUUCUGGCCAUCCAUUUCCUCUUGGAGAAUGAAAGGGACAUGAUUAUAUGAGCACAUAUGUCCAGCCCAUUAAAAAAUGAGUGACUGUC